UCGUAAAUUACAACGCCAAGUCAAAACCCAACUUCAUACACAGCUGAGUCACACCACCACCGUAUCCAACCAUCGCCACCGGAAACACACACACACACACACAGCAACACUCGCCAGAAGAAGAAGAAUAACACAUCCAAACCCUAUCAUUCAUACAAUCAAGCUCCUUACAACUUACAAUGUCCACUUCUUACGGAUACCACCCCUUCUGCACCACCGCAACCUCCUCCACCAACCGCAAUUCACCGCUUCUAUCACCACCGCCACCGUCAAACUUAAUAACCACUAAAUUCAAUACCACCGGUACUCAAACUAACUGCUUAUCUCUCCAAUUGAAUCUAACUACCUCCUCUCGUCGUGCUCGAUUAAUUUCCUCAACCGCCGCAGCGGCGGCGAGGAGUAAUGUAAACCCUAAGGAAUCCGAGAAGAAGGAGGAGGAUGAGGUGGUGGAAGUGGAGGAGGAUAUGCCGUGGAUACAAGAGAAGGUUUUGGAUGCUGUUGAGUUUACUGGCUCGGUAACACAGGCUGUUCCUGGACCUAGGGUUGGAAAUUCGUCGGUUCCGUGGAUUCUAGCGGUUCCGUUGGCUUAUGUUGGAAUCUCGUUUGUGUUUUCGGUUUAUAAGACCGUUAGGAAGCUUACUUCGCCGAAACAAGCUCGGCGGAAGCUGGUCGGUAAAAAUGCAGAGCUAUGCAGAUCAAUAGAUGAGUUACUUGAGAAAGAAGGGAGUGGAGUACAACAAGAAACUCUAAAGCAACUGACACAGAAGACAGGCUUCAGCACAGGAGAAAUUUUGCGUAAAUACAUCCGAUAUGCCUUAAAUGAAAAGCCAUUCAACCCACAACUGGUUGCAGCAUUGAUCCAACUCAGGAAAGCAACAAUGUUGGAUGAUUCUCAAGUUGCUGAAAUUCUGAAUGAAAUUUCAAGGCGAAUCGUCAAAGAUUAUGGUCCAGUUGUCAUGGAUACAUCGGGAUAUUCUGAAAAGGGCUUAAGGAGAAAGCUUGCUGUCCAAGCUCUCUUUGGAAAGAUCUAUUAUCUUUCAGAGCUGCCGGAGUUCUGUGCAAAAGACGGCUCCUUGAUAGUGAAAGAAAUAUUUGGUGCUGCAGAUGAGGACGCUGAAAAGCUUCGGUUGCAUACAGUUGCAGAAGCCGGCGAUAUGGGUUCACUAGAAAAGAUGGUUGAUGGUUCAGUCUCGGAGGAUUCAGGUGAAGGCUCUGAAUGAGGUUUUGUUCUUGAAUGAUUUUGUAAGACUAUUGAGAAAUAUAGCGGCUCCAGAAUUUUUUAUUGUAAUAAUUUCAGUAACAAAGUCCAUUUGUGCAAAAAUUGGGAUUGAUUUUUCUUUUCUAUUUUUGUGCCACUUAAAGGUAUAAGUAACAAGGUCUCCUUCAGCCA